AUGCCAUCUUUAUUACCAUCACCACCUUCAUCAUCUUUUUCUUCCUUAGCAUCAGGUUCAUCACCAUCUUCUUCAUAUUCUCCUUCACCAUCGUCGUCUCAUCAUCAUCCUCUUCUUCUUCUUCUUCCUGCCUGUAAUACUACUACUGUUAGUACUAUUAUUGCUGCUGCUGCUGCUAGUAGGUCAUCCAUUAUUACUGCCUCUGCUAAGAUAGAAGAAGAAGAAAGGAAAGAUGAAAAAGAAGAAGAAGACGAUGAAGAAAGUUGGAUAGAAGAAGAAGAAAGGAAAAAUGAAAAAGAAGAAGAUGAUGAAGAAAGUUGGAUAGAAGAAGAAGAAAGGAAAAAUGAAAAAGAAGAAGAUGAUGAAGAAAGUUGGAUAGAAGAAGAAGAAAGGAAAGAUGAAAAAGAAGAAGAAGAUGAUGAAGAAAGUUGGAUAGAAGAAGAAGAAAGGAAAGAUAAAAAAGAAGAAGAUGAUAAGGAAGUUGGAUAG